UUGUUCUCUAAAGUUUCAGACGAUCACUGGUGUGCUCAUAAUACAGAAGAACACAUUGCUAACAGACAUCUGAGGAAGCAUGUCGUUUGUGAGCACUCUGCGUCAGUGGGAUGAAGCUGUGGCUUGUGUUGAGCAAAGAGACACGGAAUCUGCUCUCAGGAUUCUCCUCAACAUCGAAGAGAAAAGCUCAAAAAUCGCCUACAACAUUGGCUGUCUCUAUUUGAACAACAAUGAGUUAGAUGAGGCUGAAAAGGCAUUUGAUGGAAGUAUUGGCAAAGAUGGGCACCUGGCUGUGGCCUUCUUUCAGAGGGGAGUUACUUUCUACAAAAAGGAGAAAUUUGAAGAGUCACUUCUAGAUUUUCAACAGGCUUUUAAAGAGUUAAGAGGAAAUCAACUAAUAGAUUACAAACCAUUGGGGCUGAGAUAUAAACUAAAUGCCUAUGAGGUUCUUCAUAACAUGGGACUGGCACAGGCCCAGAUGGGAAAAUGGGAGAGAGCUCAAGAGAACCUUCUCACUGCACUGAGCCUCAGAGCAGAUGCCAAGUUCAAUAAUAUUGACAAUGCCCUGGAAGCCAUACUGAAACAGAAGAUUUUUCCCUUGGUAGAGAUUCAAGCAGGGCUGCUGUUUAAACCUAAUAAGCGCUAUGUAGCAGAACUGGAGAAAAAGGACUAUCUUGGAAAAGCCAAGGUUGUGGCUUCUAUUGUUCCCGCUGACCAGUUUUCAGGUUUUGCCCCACUGCAGCCUCAAGUUGAUGAUGUUCCAUCAACACCAAAAGUUCCAGAAGUGCUCAAGGCAUUUGAAGGUGAGCCACACACUGUGCUCUAUGAGUUUGUUCCUGAGAACAAAGAAGAGUUGGCUGUGUUGCCUGGCAACAUCGUUUUUGUUCUUCACAAAGGAGCUGACCACUGGGCAUCUGUCAUUUUCAAUGAGAAGCGAGGUCUUGUACCUUAUAAUUUUCUAGAACCCUUGGAUAUUGUUUCUAUGACAUCUCAAACAAUGCAGAUUCAACCAUUAAUUGAACAUAAUGAUAUACCAGCUCCACCCAGAAGAGCACCACCCAGUAGACCAGUGGAAGUUUUAAAGGCCAUGGAAGCAGAGGCUAAAAACUCUGAAGAAUUCUCGGACUGCAUUGUGAAAGUGCACUUUAAGUUCAACAUUGCCAUCAGUAUUGCACUUGGACAAGCAUAUGAAGUCAUUCUUCAGAAGAUAAGCACUAAACUUAAGCUGCCUGCAUCAACAUUAACUCUACAAUAUGCAGAGGAAGACUCAAAUAAGAGAGUGAUCAUUGAGGACUCGGUAAUGGAGGCUGUCUGGAAUAGUGUUAAGGGUGGUCGUCUUACCCUUUGGUGUUCUGUUACUGAGGGGAAGAGCAUGUCUCAUGAGAAAGUAGUUGCUCUUUACUCUUAUGAAACUUCCACUCCAGAAGAUCUGGCUUUUGAACAGGGAGAUGUCAUCACAGUUCUUUCAAAAGUCAAUGAUGAUUGGAUUGAGGGUCAGUGCAAUGGAAAGAUUGGCAUAUUCCCAUCAUCCUUUGUUAAAGCGCCUAAUGGGGAUCCGCAAUGAACCUGAAUCAACAUUCAAGAUUUAAACAAACAGCUGGGACUAAGGUGUAGAGUUAAACACGUCACGUUUACAUUUAAAAUGUUAAUUUGGGAUAAACUAAAAUAUUUUUCUCGAGUAGCGAUCACCAGAACUUGUUUCAUCACCAGCAACUGCCAAUGUUACUCAUCACUUCUUAUCAUUGAUGAUAUCACGUGUAGAAUCUUGAAACCUGUUUAUUAUUUUAGAAAAUUAUACUUGGGUAAUGAGAGAGAACAUUAUAACUUUCACAAAAUCAAGUUGAGAUGUAUAUUUUACAUUGCCCUAUAUGUUUCAUUUGCUUUCUACAGAAUGUGAUAAUAUUAUUGGCAAAUACAAUAAUCAAUGAAAUGUUAUGUUCAUCAUUCUUGAUAUUUGACCUGAAGCAGAAGACACUUAAAUUAAAACUUGUAUCCCAAUAAAUGUAUGUUAGUGUUA